CGGUCGCUGUGAUCCGUUGUUUUCCUGCUCGGACGCGGCUAGUUUAAGUUGCCAUAGCACGGCAGAGCUGAGGAAGGCUGCUUCCUUUAGCUACAAGUCUUUAAGAGAGAUAUCCAUCAACUGGUGUUCAAAAUAUACUCAGAGGAGUUUUUUAUUUCUUCUGUUCCUGCUGGACUUUUGUACUUUUCCCCCGUUUUUACGGUAUUGUCAUAAGGCUUUAACAGUUGGCUAACACUUGUUGCUAGCCGGAGCAUCAUCAUCAUCUUCAUCCUCCACAACAAUGCUGCUCUGUGAUUGAGGGUGAAGAUGGCAGUGUGAAAUGUUGUGUUCUGCUGGUCAGAUAGCUUUCCUUCUCUAUGUGUUGAAAAGUCUCCCAUCUUUGUUAACUAUGAAACACAUAUGUAAUGUUAGAGAAGUAGAAGAGCAGCCGUGUGUGGUCGUUAAUCUGAUUAACGUGUCAGUAAACAGUUAGCGUGCUCGGUCAGACCUUUAUCGUCCGUAAACCUGCCGGAUCCCAAACUAUGGACACAUCAAGCGGGUCAGACUCGUACGACCGGACACGGGGGCACAGACCUCGGGGGCGUGAUGCUCUCCGCAGACCUGGCCGGGACAGGGGCAGAGCCAGCGGGAGCGUAGGUGAUGGACGAGCUGCAGACAUCGGAGACAAGAUCAGCACUCUGGCAGACACUUUACAGGACACCAGCAGGAAUUUAAACAAAGUGGACCGGAUGCUGGGCCAGUACAGAGACCAUACGGAUGAUCAAGCUGAAGCCAUGGCACUGCUCAGGGACAACCUGGAGGAGUCAAUCAGUCAGCUGAAGACACAGAGGAUGAGCAGAUCCAACGGGGCUCAGAGUGCUUCAGCUUCAGCCUCUUCUCUGCACACCAGUGACCUGGAGCCCUGCUCUGGAUCAGAUAGCCAGCGUUUCUUUCCCACAUCUCCACUGAGGGACUACACAAGCACUCCAGGAAGAAGAAGGAGGUCACAGUCUGCUGGUGUGCGCUUCAAGGAUGGCAGCCUGAUAGGAGAGGAUGUUCACACUGUGCACCAGUCCUUGAGGGAUCUGCACUGUGACCAGCAGAGACUGUCUGAUGACCUGGAUAGAGAAAUCCUCCGGAGAAACAGGUCUGAUAUUGACACCAGGCGAGCGAUGGAGAGCCUCACAGGGCACUUGACAACAUCCCAGAGACAGACCUCAGUGACGUCUCGUGUAGAGCGACGACUGCAGGAGCUAGAGAGAGAGAUGCACGCUGGAGAACGAGGAAGAAGGACCGAUCAGCGGGUGGCCGUGUCUGACGAGCUCCAGGAGAAUUCCGGAAGGAGUCUAAUUCAAGGCCACGAGAGAGAGGAAGUCAUGACGGACAGGUUACUGAAAGCAGAGAAGGAGAAGUUCAAGAGGGAUCAGGAGCUGGAGAGAGCCAAAAGACUACUUGAACAGUCUGAGGAGAGCAGGGAGUCCCUCGUUCAACAGGUGGAGGAUAUGCGCGGUGAGCUACUGAGGACGAAGAGGGAGAAGAAUGAGCUUCAGAGGGCCCGGCUGGAGACGUUUCAGCCCGCUGCACAGCCACAUGGCAGCCACAUUGACAGGGAGGAGGGAAGAGGUGGACAGGGAAGCUCAGAUCGUGUCAGCCUGGAAAAGGAAGUAGCAGAGCUGAGAGUCCAGCUAAGCAAAGCCUCGGUCCUCUGUGAGGUUGAAGAACUGAGAAGGGCUCUGGAACGCAAGGAGAAGGAGAGAGUCCAGCUCAGCUUACAAGUUGAGGAAUUGUCAUCUGACCUGGCACGGCGGGAGCAGCAGCAGCUCCGAAUGCUUGAACAGUUAAGGGAUAUACAGAGCCAAAGGCAGGCGGAGAGGAAGGAGACAGAGGCAUUACUCCAGGAGAGCACCAGGAGCAGAGAUGAAUUGAAGACCAGAGCCCAAGAGGCAGUGCGCCAGUGGAGGGCAAAGUGUAGGAGACUGCAGAGGGAGCUGGAGGAGGAGAGGGCCCAGGCUCAGAACCAUACUGACAAAGCGUCGCAGGCAGCCAGGGAAAAGGAGAGCUCCCAGGCCCAGCUGAAGGCGCUGAGCCAGCAGACUGAGGCGGCCCGCAGGGAGCUCGGUGAAAUCCUAGGCCGUUUGGCCCAGCGUGAAGAAGAACUUCACCGCAAGGACGUGGAGCUGUCUGAGACCCGGCAGCGCCAGUUGUCACUGGAGCAGGAAAUGCGAGAGGUGAGGGAGGUUUCUGCUGCCCUGGAGGAGGAGACACAACGCCAGGUUCUGGUUCAGGCCAGACUGAGGGAAGAGAACCAGAGGCUGGAAGACAGAGCUGACACACAAGCCCGUCGCUGUCAGAAAGACCAGGACGCUCAGGCCGAGCUCCAGGCCUCCCUGAAGCAGAUGACCUCAGCCAAUGUGCAGCUAGCCCAGCGGUUGGCAGACGGGGAGAGCUCCAAGAAGGAGAUCCAGAGGAGCGCUUCGGAGCUACAGGCCAAGCUGUCAGCAGCACAGGAAGAGCGGUCGGCUUUGGGACAGCAGCUGCAGCUGGAGAGAGAGGUGCAUCAGAAAGAACUGGACAAUCUAAAGGUAAUGAUGGAGGACAGCAGGACGAAGAAGGACCGGGAAGUGCGGGACUUGGUGAAGCUCUGCAACCAGGAGCGGGAUGAAAUGCAGGCACACUUUAAGGAGGUAAAGGCAGAUGCAGCGUCAGACAAGGAGCUGUGUAGGGCACUGCGCAUCAACUUGGACAGGAUGAAGGAUGAGUGUGAUAAGCUGGCAGCUCAGCUGAGCACAAAAGACGAGGCACAUGCACUCCUCCAGAGAAAGUACCAGCUACUCAAACAGGAACUGGAUGACAAAGUCAGGUCAGGUGAACGAAGACGUGCCUCAGAGUCAGAGCUUGUAAUGCUGGAGGAGAAGGUGUUGCUGUUGGAGGCAGAGCGAGAGGCAGUCCUCACUUCUCUGGGUGAGGAACUAGAUGCAACCUGUCGCAGUCUUGCUAGGAAUGGUGAAGACAAACUGCAGGCGAUCUCCCAGAAACCUGGAUUAGUGAAAGACCCUCAUCGCUGGCUAGCUGAGACUAAGACAAAGCUACGCUGGCUGUGUGAGGAGGUGCGGGAGUGCAACACCAGAGAACAGCGCCUAAGGAAGCAGCAUCAACAGACCAGAGAUCAGUUGAAGGCCCUCAGGCAGAGCCGGGACUCAGAGCAGGCAGCUCUCCAGCAGCAUCUGGACCAACAGGAGAAGCUGCUGCACUCCCUCAGCUCUGAAAAGAGAGAGCUUUUGGAGAGUUGUCACAGGAAGGAGGAAGAGAUGAGGAGCCUUCAGGAUCGUGUUUUGGAUCUGGAGAUGAACACAAGAGUAGCCUUAGACCACUUGGAGUCAAUUCCAGAGAAGCCAUGUCUGAUGAAGAACUUCAAAGAUUUGGAGGUGGGUUUUGAGCAGUCUUUAAAUGUUACAAAAUGGAUUUCACAACAAAACACCGGUGUUAAGGACCAACUAAAAAUUGUGUCCUGCGGAGCUCUGGAUAUUUGGGACACAUGGAGGCAGAGGAGGCAGAAAGCUAAGAGGAGGAGAGCUGGUAUAAGGAGACAGAGGUUAUGGAGAGGAGACCGAAGCCAUGUCUCUCCUCUCUCAUCAUGGGCAACGUGAGAUCUCUGGCUUAUA